AUGCAUCUCUCUGUAUCUGCCUUCGCCGUGCUCUCCUUGUCUUCCCUUAUAACUGCCCAAACGUGCGAUACAUCAAACAGCACCCUCUACCUUACGGCGCCUGCGUUAGUCACUACGCCUCAAAACACCUCCACCAUCCAGUGUUGGCGUCUGAGGAAUCCUUUCUUGAUAUCUACAACAGCAGGCAUCGCAGGAAGCCGUGCAUUAAACCUAGGGAAUGUGACGGAUCUAAGCUACGUUGUCCAGCCACCACGCUUCGAAGGCGGAUUGCAUAACGCUCCUGUGCCACAGAUUGUACAGUUGCUAGCUGGACUCGCGCACAUCACUCUGCCUCAAGACCCGUCUCGGGAGCUGUGGUUGCACGGAGGCAAAGGUGGUCUGCUGUUCGCUGCCGAUCUGACGGGUGAGGGACAUGUCACAACGUAUCCGAGUGAUCAGGAGACAGUCACUAUUACUGCGCCUUUUGAGGGUGGUGUAAUCCCCGAAUAUGAAGUGAUCAAUGAGGGGCCGUGUACUGGGCGACAGACUUUUGUCUAG